AAUGGUCCCAAUAAUUCAGUUUCGUUGAUCGUGUAACGACGUGGAUUAAGCGCUAUUUGUUUUUCGUCAAGUUUAUUAUUAUUUAUUAAAUUUGUAAAACAAAUGUAAAAAAUGCCUGAAACAGUUUUCUUUGGUCAAAUUAUUCAUUCAAAGUCUUUCGAUGAGCUUGAAACAAUUUCGAAUGGAUUUUUGGCUGUUUGUGAUGGAGUUAUCCAGGGAAUCGGAAAUUUUGAAGAUUUUGAGAGCUGGAAUCACGAAUGCAAGUCAUCUCUACAAGAGGUCCAUAUGAAUAAACAUCAAUUCUUGAUGCCUGGCUUUAUUGAUUGUCACAUUCAUGCACCGCAAAUGCCGAAUAUUGGUUUGGGUCUAGACAAACCACUUCUGGAAUGGUUAGACACAUAUACAUUUCCAUUGGAAUCAAAGUAUCGCGAUGUGGAGUUCGCUAGAAAAAUUUAUCAAAAAGUUGUGAGAAACUGCUUGGACUUUGGAACUACAACCGCUUGUUAUUUUGCCACCAUUCAUAAAGAGGCUUCUGAAGCACUUGUGGAAGAAUGUAUAUCUCAGGGACAACGUGCAUUUAUUGGAAAAGUCAAUAUGAAUAUGAAUGCUCCAGAUUUUUACAUCGAAACAUUGCACGACUCUGUGAAGAACACAGAAGAUUUUGUCGAAUUUACAUUAGGAAAAAACAAUAAACUAGUACAACCUGUAAUUACUCCACGUUUUGCAAUUACGUGCGACGAAUCUCUAAUGAAAUCGCUAGCUGCCAUUGCUAAAAAUCACAAUCUACUGAUCCAAUCACACAUCUCAGAGAAUUUGAAUGAAAUUUCUUUUGUUAAGGAGCUCUUCCCUAAAGCAGGUAGUUAUGCGAAUGUUUAUAAGGAGUGUGGUUUACUGACUGAAAAAACAAUCAUGGCUCAUUGUUGCCAUUUGGAAAAUGAUGAGCUCGAUAUUUUCCGUAACACUGGAACUUCAGCCAUACACUGUCCUACGUCAAACUCCAACUUGUCAUCCGGAUUGUGCGACGUUCGUCGAAUUCAAGAUUCUUCAGUGCGUGUAGGCUUAGGCUCUGACAUCUCUGGCGGAAAUAAAGUUGGAAUAUUUGAUGUCAUGCGACAUGCAUUGGAUGUCUCACAACAUUUGAAAUUUAUUAAACAACAAGAAAUCAAAGGAACCGGAAAACUUGCUCCAACAGAAAAAAAUUCGACUUACGUUCCCAUGAACUAUAAGAAUGUAUUUUAUUUGGCGACACAAGGCGGAGCUGAUUCUCUUUCAAUAGGUCAUAAAGUUGGAAAUUUCAUUCCAGGAAAAGAGUUUGAUGCAUUGAUGAUUGACACUUCGUUAAUGCCAAUUAUUGACUACGAGAUCGAAAGUACUAGGAAAGACGGUAACGAAAUUCUGGAUAAAUUAGAGAAAUUCAUUUACGUGGGAGAUGAUCGGAACAUUAUUGAAGUAUAUGUUAAUGGAAAGGAAGUUAAAAAAAAUAAAUAAAUACAAAUGUUAAAAAUAAAGUUUCGAUAUUCCAAA